AGAAGAAGAUCCACAAAUGAGCACAAAAAGGAAGGAAUGAUAGGGGGAAAGAACAUUUUAUCGUGUGAAACUGACAUUAAAUGAGUAACGUUAGCCCCCAAACUGCUGAAGAAGCUCUGUUGUGUUUGAGAUAUGAAGGCGACACCUGCUAGCUCAGUGGAUCUAUGAGCGAAACUCUCCUGUUAGCUAGCUCGUCUGCGAGGCUAACAGUCAGAACCCUCACCUUUAUCCACAAGACGAGGCAACAGUAAUCAACUGAAGACGUUUUUAAAUUAGGACCAAAAGUCUGUCCUCCAUGGCUUCAUCAGAGGUCAGCAUGCAGGAAAUGAGUGAGGUUGUGAUCGUCACCAUACCAGAAGCAGUGGGUGAGGACCUCCCCUCUGUGGUGGAGGAGGAUAAAGCAGUGCUGGUGACUGCAGAGCUGACCCCUCAGCCAGGGGAGAGCAUCCUCACAGUAGCACCAGUAGAAGCAGAAGCUGAGGCCAGCAGAACAGAUUCAAUGUCGAGAGAAGAGGCAGUCAUUGGUAACGUGACCUUGAAAUUAACAGAGGAGGUGGAUGUGGAAGCAGAUGUCUUCUACCCAGUCACCUGUGGAGAUGCCAAAGCCACGCUAGUGUGGAAGAAAUUUGUCUGCCCUGGAAUCAAUGUGAAAUGUGUCCAGUUCAAUGAACAGCUCAUCAGCCCGAAGGAGUUUGUGUGUUUAGCAGGGAAAUCCACUCUAAAGGACUGGAAGAGAGCCAUCCGCCUCAACGGCACCAUGCUCAGGAAGAUCAUGGACUCAGGUGAACUGGACUUCUACCAGCAUACAAAAGUCUGCUCCAACACAUGCCGCAGCACUAAGAUAGACCUUGUGGGAACCAAAGUGUCCAUCAGCAGUGAUCAGUCCACUGAACUGGUUCCUGCGACGCCCUCAUCAGCUGAUUUGAAUGGAGCAGCAGCCUCGUUUCCAGAGGUGACAGAAGAAACUUCAGAGUGGGUCACAGCCAUCGGAGAGGACUCUGUGGCAUUCUGGCGAGCGGUGAAGGAGGUUGGACUGCUGGAGGAGGUGAUGGAGGACUUCCAGAAGGAGCUGCAGGAGGUGCUGAAGGGUUUGCAGGAGAGAGUGUGUGACCCUCCACUUCAAGUCAAAGAUGCUGUUUUGCUCAACAAUAUAGUACAGAACUUUGGGAUGCUGGACCUAGUGAAGAAGGUCCUGGCCAGUCAUAAGAGCCAGAUGGACCGUUACAGAGAGCAGUACACUCGCAGCCUCGCUGCUCUGGAGCAGCAGUGUGACGAACACAGGAAGCGAGCCAAGGAGCUGAAGAGCAAAUCCCAGCACCUCAACAACGUCCUAAUGACCCUCACCCCAGUCCCUGCACCCCCCGUGCUCAAGCGUCCCCGGCUGACCCGCGCUGUUUCUGGCCCGGCCUCGGUAAAUACAGCCCCUGCCCAGAUCACUUUGCCUCUCAACCAGCUGACCGGCCUGCCGCUGGGUAAGGUGCUGACCGUGGCUGGAGCCCCUUCUGGCACAAACCUGGGUGGGUACACCCUCCUGACCUCCUCUCUCUCUGGGUCAGAGCUGGCGGCCGAUGCCUCUAACCUGACUGUGCUGUCCACGGCGGCAGGUCAGGAGGGUGCGGCUGGUGGCUCGGCAGCCUCCACCGCCUUUGUUAAGGUGGUAGGCCCUCAGUUCCAGCUAGUGACACUGCCGACCACGCUGCAGAGCUUGGCCACCGCACAAAGUGCCGUCCAACAACAGAUUGGCAGCAUCAGUGUGGUGGAUGCCACGGCAACUGCCACAGAUGAUUCACAGGAGGAAGGCCAGGCUGAUGGUGAUGAUGAAAGUCAGCCAAAGCAGGUUAGAGAGGAAGACGGGGAGCAGCCGGCUAAGCAGCAGUAAGACACAGGACAGCUGUUCUCUCCCCUGUCUCCCUGCUAGUAAUUGCCUUCAUUGUGGACCCUGGAUUGAGUGUGCACUCCCUGUGGCGGCUGAGGGCUGGUCCACAUUUUGACCUGUACAGAUAAUUCGAUGCAGUGUUUUUCAUUUGUCAUUUAAGAAGACACACCAGCCUUCUGUGUAGAUGUCCUUCAACUUUCAAGAUAGCUAAAUUUAUAUUAGAGUGGCAUCUGGUGUGAGGAGUGUGUAUGUCAGUAGUGAUUUUACUGUAAAUAUGUAUUUGUAACAAAUAUAUUUGAUACAGCAGUGUCUGUAGGGAUUCACACCAUAUAGGCUGGAAAAAAAUCAGUAUUGUUCAGUUUGGUAAUAAAUGCUCAGUUUUAAGAACAAA